AUGCUGCCUCCACCCGCGGCCUCCAACGAUGUGCUCCCUUGUCAGAUCCUAGCCGAGGGACUGGGCUUCGACAAUCGCGACCACGAGCUAUGGUGGCUCAAUACCGCUGAAAGUCUCAACCGUGUGAUGAUUCAAUGCGACUACAGCGUUGAUAUGCAGUAUAAAUACCUCUCCUUCUUCCACCGACAAGUGCUCCCCCGCAUGGGAACCUUCCGACGGCCCGGGGUCGAACCGGACUUCAUCUGCGGGUUGUCGCAUGGAGGGCACCCGUUUGAGAUCAGUGUCAAGAUGGACAACACCGCGACCACCUGUAGAGUGGGCUUCAGCCCCAUUGGGCCGUUCGCAGGAACGAAACACGACCCACUGAACAGCCACAGCAAUCGCGAAAUGCUGGCGCAGUUGACGACCAUGCUCCCCCAGAUUGAUCUGCGGUGGUUCGAUCAUUUCCAUGGCCAAUUCGCCCUCGACCAAGAUCAGCAAAACGCCGUCACGGGCAAACUUAUUCGGGAGUCUCACGGAGUCGAGAGCCUAUCGAUCGACUUCAAAAACAACGACAUGGUGCCUAAGGCAUACUUCUACCCCAUCCCUGCCCAUAUUGGAUCGGGGACGUCGUUAUUUGACUUGGGCUUCCGCGCGCUGGAGAGUUUGGAGGCGACUCGGGAGGAUGCCGGGUUGAAGUCGGCCGUGGCGGUGUUCAAGGACUUUCUCAAGUCGCGCGUACCCGCGGAGGGAACCAUGAAUGGAUCCCUGCUGGGCAUGGUAGGCAUCGACUGUCUCCAUCCGAGCGAGUCGCGGCUGAAACUGUACCUGGCGAAUUUCCGCAUGGACCUCGCCACGAUUCGCGAGUACUGGACCAUCGGCGGUGUGAUGAGUGAUGAGACCACGACGAAAGGACUGGAGUUGGCGGAGACACUGGCCAAGCGUUUGAACCUGGGUGACAAAGCUUGUGACACGAUCGACCCGGAGCGGUUGCCGUUCAUGUUGAACUAUGAAGUGCGGCCUGGGAGCUCGGCAAUCAAGCCCCAGAUCUACUUUCCCUUGCUCGGGGUGAAUGACGAGUUCAUCGCGGAUGCAUUGAUGGAUUUCUUCCAGGUUCUCGGUUGGACGCAUUCAGCGAGUCAUUACAAGGAAGAGCUGCGACAACGAUUCCCCCGGCAGGAUCUAUCGCAGACGACCAACGUGCAGCGAUGGUUGGGAUUCUCCUACUCGGCGCAGAAGGGACCGACAGUGAAUAUUUAUUAUGAUGCUGUCGCGGGAAAUGUUGCCAAGGCGUGA